AUGCCCCCCAUGGACGAUCCCUACAAGGUUCUUGGGACAACCAAAAAAGCUAGCUCUGAUGCCCUCCAGAAAGCUUACAACAACAGGCUGCGCGAAGCAAAGGAAGCAGGGGACGAUGCAAGAGUUGAGCAAAUAGAAAAAGCUCAUUCUGCAAUAAUGAUGGCUGCUCUUAGCCAAAGAUUAAAGGGUGGCAGUGUGGACAGGGAUGUUAGAUUUGCUGACAAGGCCGUGUAUCUGCCAUGGAGGCCAAGGCUUGCUGUGGCACCAUUGAACCUGUUGAUGGCAGAUGCUGCCAUUCACCUUGUCCUAUUGUGUUGGGCAGUAGUCUUGUCAACCACUGCAGCAACCCAGCCUCUCAUUGCAUCUGCUGUUGCGUGCUGUGCCAUCAACUACUUGAAGCUUGAAAGGAUGUUCCCAAGUGGAGGAGGCAUGCUUUUUGGCUCAUCCUCUGAAGAGAGGGGACAAGGUGCCAAGAACUUGUGGCGAGCUGCACUUUUGGCGCUGAUGGGCACCACUGUUGGGGUCGUGUUCCUCUACACUCUUCCGGACUUUGUGGCAGACCAAAUAUUGGGCAAGAAGCUACCGCUUUGGUUCUACGAAUCGCAGAACCUGCUUCUCAACCUGGGCGGCAUCACGGUGAACUCAUUGUUCUCAGCUUUCUGCCGUUGA